GAUUUCUGCAUUCUUCCAUCAUUUACUCCUUGUCACACUCAAAAGACAGAUGGAGGUGUCUCCUGUGGUUUAAACGAAAAGAUUUUUCUUUACAUCGUCUGGGAUGAGCAAGAUGGACGGGAUCGGUUUUAUGCUGCUCUUUUUGUCAGCAUUAAACGCUGCCCUUUGCUUUAAUGUUGAUCCUGCUGCUUGGAAGUCCCUGAGCAAACCCGCUGCUGGUUUUGGGUACCAAGUGGUGCAACGGCAAUCAGAUUUACUCAUCAGCGCCCCACUUAAUCAGUUUUCAAGCACUGCUAGGGGACAGAUAUUCAAGUGCACCAAUGAGAGAUGCCGAAGUCUGACGAAUACAGUGCAAAACACUGAACAUGUCAACAUGUCCCUUGGUUUGGCGAUGGGAAGUGAUCCUGCUACACAGAAAACGUUGGCAUGUGGUCCGACCAUUCCUAAAGACUGCAAAAGUAUCACCAUGUACAACGGUUUGUGCUUUGAGAUUGACCAAAAUGACGCAUUUGGAAGAUCUUACCCAUCUUCAGUUCCAGAUUGUCCAACCCAGGCUGACAUUGCCUUCUUACUUGAUGGCUCUGGCAGUGUACAACCAGUAGAUUUUACCAAAAUGAAGACUUUUGUUGUAAAUCUAAUCGGUGCAUUGAGGGGAAAAGAUACUCAGUUUGCCAUUACCCAGUUUUCCAGCUAUACCAGUACUCAUUACUAUUUUAAUACAUUAAGUGAUUCAAACUGGAAGCAGCAAAUCAAUAACAUAAACCAAAUAAAUAGAGGAACUGCUACAGCUGCAGCCAUUAUGAAUGUUGUGAAUGAUGUCUUCUCGCCAUUCAAAGGGGCCAGGUCAAAUGUGAAAAAGAUUUUGAUUGUCAUCACAGAUGGAGAAUCUCAGGACCAAUACAAUUUACCAGAUGCAAUUCAAUUAGCUAACCAGAACAAUAUUGCACGAUUUGCAAUCGGGGUGGGAGCAGCAUUUUCAAGUCAAAGAGCAAAAGCGGAGUUGAAUAUGAUCGCAUCUCCUCCUUCUGAGAACUUUGUGUUUCAAGUGGAAAGUUUUGGUGCUCUUGACAAAAUACAGAAGAAUUUGCAGGACAAAAUAUUUUCCAUUGAAGGAUCUAAAGCCAGUGGAGAGUCACUAAAACUGGAGAUGUCUCAAGAGGGGUUCAGAGCUACUUUGACACCUGAAGGAGUUCAGAUGUCUAUUGUUGGUGCUAACCAGUGGAGAGGAGGCUACAGGAAAUACUCACUUCAGAAUGCUGCACUUACAGGUUCAUAUGAACCACAAUCUAUUGAGCCCAGCAGUUAUCUUGGUUAUUCCAUGGCAGUGGCUAAAACUCUAUUUGGCACUUUGACAAUUCUUGGCGCUCCACGAUACAAACACAGAGGACUUGUGAUCACUGUUUUAGAAGAAAAACCUCUAAAACAAAUUGACCCCUAUCAACAGCAGACUGGUGAAUAUUUUGGGGCAGAGGUUUGUGCUAUGGAUGUGAAUUCUGACAGCUACACUGAUCUGGUCCUCAUUUCUGCUCCGAUGCACAAGGACAACAAUAGACAUGGACGGGUUUAUGUGUGCACAUUAAGUUUUUUGAAUGUCGACUGCCUCUUCGAUUCUCCAUCACAACUAAUAAUACUGAGAGGGGAUCCAAUCCCCAAAGGAAGGUUUGGGUCUUCUCUUGCUGUUCUGCCGGAUCUGAAUGGAGAUGGCUUCAAUGAUCUGGUAGUUGGAGCUCCUCUGGAGAAUGAAGGCCAAGGUAGCAUCUACAUAUUCAAUGGAGAAGGAGGUGACGGGAUCAAUCCUACCUACUCACAGAGAAUUGCAGCCUCUGAAGUGAAGUCAGGACUAAAGUUCUUUGGUGUGUCCAUCAGUCCAUGGUCUUAUGAUCAGAGUGGUGACAGUCUGCCUGACUUAGCUGUAGGUUCAAAGGGGACAGUCGUCUUACUCAGAUCCAGACCCAUUGUGAUGGUGGAUGCUACUGUGUCAUUCGUUCCUAAUGAAAUCCCAACUCAAAACACAGACUGCUCAAAACCACUGAAAAAUACAGCGAGAAUCUGCUUUCUCAUGAGAAGUCUCUCUAAAGUUGAAACAGCUGAAGCACAGAUUAAUUACACUUUAACUCUGGAUGCGACUCGCAAAACUCCCAACAACCGAGCUUACAUCAAGCAGAAACAGAGAGACCAAACUCAAUCUGUUGUUGUUAAGCUAAAUCAACAAAAUUGCAACAAUGUGGAUUUCUUUAUUGAGUCCUGUCCAGAAGAUGCUCUCAAUCCACUUCAAAAUGAACUCAGAUUCAGCUUUCAUGGUUCUCCCUCAAGAACAAAGCUCAGGCCAAGUCUCUACCAGCAGGCUAAAACAACAACGCUUCAUCCUAUUGGGUUUGAGAUCAGCUGUGGUGUUGACAAUGUGUGUGAAGAUGACCUGAAAGUGGAUUUUGACUUCACCAGAUCCUCAGAGGUUAAAGUUGGCAUAGAUGAGCUUUUAAAUGUGACCGUCUCGGUGGACAACAGCGGGGAAAACUCUUACAACAACCACAUCAUUCUCACAUACCCAGUGGGACUCUCCUACAGGAAGUUUACAUCUCUACAAGGAAGAAUUGAGUGUAACUCCCUGGACAGUGAAGAUGGCGUUGCAAGAGGAAAGACAGACUGCAGUGUUGACAAACCUAUUUUCAAAAGUAACUCUAAGGCGAUCUUCAUUGUUUCCUAUGGGUUCAAUCCCACCAGAACACUUGACAGGAGGAUUUUUGUCACUGCAAAUGCUACAAGUGAUAAUAAGCAACACUUGAGUUCCAGUGUCCUCUACAAAAAGAAAGAGAUUGAUGUGAAAUAUAGCAUUUUCAUUACCAUUGAAAGCUCCCUCAGCUAUAACAAUUUCACUUUUGGAAGGAAUAAUCUGAAGAUGCCAUUCCAGCAAUUAAUAAAGGUCACUAAUAGUAUCAGAGCACUGAAUUUUACUGUGGUCAUCAGAGUUCCAAUAAAAGUCAGUGACAAAGACAUUUGGAUGGAUGUGGACAAACUGCAGCUUUCAGACUGUGAGAAAGACAAAGAUGAGGAACCUGUUGUUAAAGAUGUAGUUGCACAAAUAAAAGAAAAAAAAGUAGUGGACUGUUCUGUAGCGUGGUGCAGAGUGUUCAGAUGCAGCAGGUUCAUGGAAAGGAACGAAAAGACGACACACAACAUCUCUGCAAACCUCAGCUCUGGAUGGAUAGAGCAGAUUGGACUGCCAUCUGCCAAAUUUCUCCUGACCAGUACGGCCAGUUUAGAGUAUGACACAAACCAGUUCAUCUUCUUCUCAACAGCCUCUAAUAACACACCUCCUGUCCGCAAGAUUGAGGCAGAAGUAGAAGUGUUUCCUGAAGUUAAUUUCACUAAGGAGAUUGUUGGAGGAUCUCUGGGAGGGUUGGCUUUUCUGGCAGUGCUUACCGCCGGUCUGUAUAAGGCUGGCUUUUUUAAGAGCAAAUACAAGGAUAUGAUUGCUGACAAUGUCGAAGCAGAGGCUGAUAAAGGAACUGCUGGUGGUGAAACCAUAGAUGGAUAAAAUCAGAACUCACUUUCCCUUAAGCCCUUUCAUCUGUUCAGCUGACCACACGAUACAACAAACCAUCAUAUCUCACCAUUUUCUAUCAUUUAAUGCUUUUAUGGUGAAAUAAAGAAAAAACAACAGGUGUGUUUCAGAAACCACUCCCUCUGUCACUCAUCAUCGAUAAGAGAAAUUGGCCGUGGUGAGGGAGGAGCAGCGAUUAAAGCACUGCUAAAAAUGGGACUUUCCUGUCUAGGGAAGCUCCGGUGAUACCGAGUGAAUAUAUGGCUCACGUUAGGAGAUAUCUGAAAUAAAGUUCAAACUAUGUCAAUUUUUAGAAUAUAAGUAAGGGUUAGGCAUUAUUUAUGCUUAUGUUAAUUUAAAAUUUGGCAUUAGAUGCACCCCCCCCCCCCCCCCCCCCCAAAAGCAAAACCUUUUGUUUUAUUUCCUCGUUUGUUGUUUUAAGUUAACUCUGUUUCUAAGACUGUAUUUUCUAGUAGAGUAUUACAUUUUAUACAAUUUAAAAGAAAAAUAUCAAAAUUUUCAUGAAUACUGAAACAUCCUUACAAGACUACAGCAAACACACAAACACACACACACACAUUCGCAAAUGCACAUGUUUCUUGUCUAUUGUGAACAUCAUUGCAAAGUGUAAACAUGUAGUUUAUUGAAAAAAAAAUCCCAAUGUCCACAUGUAAAAAACUGACUUCUCUGUUUUUAUUUAAUUAUUUAAUGUCCAAUCCUGUAAAUAUCAGUGUGUGUUUUUUUUUUAUCUCAUAGAAAUACAGCCUCAGUGUAUAUGGUAAGACUGCACAUUUGUAUCCUCUCUUGCAAAGAAUAAUGCAAAACUGCUGAUGCUUAAAACAGCAUUUUUGGUCAUUAAGUGUGCUUAAAGAAAAGAAAGUAAUUGCUUCAAUAGUAAAAUUUAUAAAACUGAAUGAA